CAGGUAACGAGAAUAGAGUUACGGAAAAUCCAUCAUGAUGAAUCACUCCUCUUUGGACACCACUAUGACAUUCACUUCAUAUGGAUCAUUCCGCCUGAUCAAUUACUUCUUUUUCACUCUCACUCUUCUUGUUUACCUUCUCUCAAUUUUUUCAAAUGUCUUUUUGAUGCUGGUGAUCUAUUUUGAAGCCAGCCUGCACAAACCCAUGUACAUUUUUUUGUUCAACUUGGCAGUAAAUGGACUAAUAGGGAGCUCAACUGUUUGGCCAAAAGUCAUGGAAAACCUUCUUUCAGACACCCAGAAGAGCUCAUUUCUAGCUUGCAUAGUUCAGGUCUUUUGGUGCCAUUUCUACAUUGCUACUGCUUAUACCACUUUCUCAGUCAUGGCCUACGACCGAUACGUCUCCAUUUGCAAGCCUCUGCAGUACCACAGCAUCAUGACUCCUGGAAAAGUGAAAACACUGUUGACCGUGGCCAACGUUGUUCCUAUGUCCACUUUAUCUCUCCUUGUGUAUCUCAUAUCCACAGUUCCCCUGUGCAAGUACACCACUCAGAACCUAUUCUGUGAUGUCAUGACACUCCAUAACCUCUCCUGUGUGAAAAGUGCUCUGGUUAAUCUAUACAGUUUAUGCAUGGUUACAAGCUUUGUUAUUUUCCCUUGUAUUAUUGUCCUGCUCUCAUAUGCAGUGAUCCUCAAUGUGAGUCUGAAAGCCUCAAAAGAUGCACAAAAGAAAGCACUCGGCACAUGUUCUCCUCAUUUAAUCACCUUCAUUAAUUUCGGGGUGGCUACACUUUUCUUUGCGAUUUACCACAGGUACAACUCUUUUCUACCAGGAGAGGUUUAUAUAUUAAUAACUGCAGAUUGGUUUGCAAUCCCCCCUCUGUUGAAUCCAGUUAUAUAUGGGAUCAGAACACAGGAGAUCAGGAAAUGCUUUGUAAAAACAGUGAGGAAAAAGAUAUUUUUCAGGAUGUUUUAGAGUAUUUACUGCCGGGGUUCAGGGUACAGUCAUAUGUGGUGAAUCUGCUUUUCAACAACAUAAUCAAUUGGUGACCAAAAUUUAAAAAAUCUAAUAUGGGCACCAAAAAAACUCGAGAUGAAUGAAUAUAAAAUGAUUAAUACCGAUUCCAAGCAGUCUCUUGAUGUUUUGGAGUGUGGUUUCGUCCCCAUUAGAGAGAAGUCUCCAACACACAAAAAUGGUAAGGCUUUUUUGGUGUUUCAGAAAGUACCAUUUCCACCAGGAUCUAUGCAGUACAAAGUAUAAUUGUCACAUUACAAUAAAUUUAUUGCCAACAAACAGUAUUUCUACUUUUAUUUAUGAUUUGUCUGUGAAUCCAGCCCAUCUCCCUGUCAUUGUCUUAUUUUUCGCCAAUGGUGCCUGCGCAUAUAUUCUGAAUUUGGUAAUGCCACACUCUAAAAGAAAGGAAGUGGAUUUUUUAAUUUAUUUGAUCAUGCAUGAACUCUGUAUAAUGCCAGCCUUUAAUGGUAAAAAUGUUGGUGUCAUUGUGCAGUAUUAAUGACCUCUGAAGUAUA